GUCCUAUAACAUAUGACUUCGCAUUUCUAAUUCAAUUUUUAACGAUUUUAUACUGAUUUUUUUUUUUGAAUGCUCGGGUGGCACAUUGGUAGUAAAAAGAAAAUAUCAGAACAGCAAAUAGAAAUAGUGAAUAAUGCCCCCGAGGUCUAGGACUAAUUGACCAGCUAGAGACUUAUAUGUCUCUGUUUUGAACAAGAGGCGUUAAAUGAUUUGUAUAAAUGAAUAAACAGUCCUUCAAGUAAUGGGAAAUAUACAAAUUAAAACAGUGGAUGUCACAGUACAUCAUCAAUAAAGAAAGUUUGUCUGUGAUGGAAAGAUCAUGAGUGACAAAGUUCAGGAGUUGUUAAUAUUGAGAUGUCAUGGAGUUCACCUGUACCACCUCCCCCACCCCCUGUACUUCCAUCCUCAUCUUCAACUCCACGAAAGUUAACCAGACAAUCAACAUAUGUCAAACAGAUCUGUGAUCAAGAAGAUGUUAGAAAAUCAUUUCAUGAAAGAUUGGAGAAAAAUGUGUUAAAAAGAGAUGGGAAGAAAAUUGUUAUCUCCAUGAACAAAGAAGUUACCCCAGUCUUACAAGAUGGUCCUAGCUGUGGUUUAGUAGCUGUGGUGAUGGCAGCACAGUUAUUUGAUACUAACUUUACAUUUCAUAGUAUUUUUGAUGCAGCUAAGCAAAAGGGAUUCACACGACAGGGAGAAAUGUUCUCAGCAAGCAACAUGAAACAGUUGGUGGAGGACAUGAUCCCUGAUGCUAGAGUUACUUCCCUUGAUAUGGAUACUGGUCCAGAAUUGCUAAUCAAUCAUUUGGUAAAAGGAGAUGUUUGUCUUAUACCAUAUGAUUCAGAUUUUAAUUUCGAACCCUGUAAUAAAAAGGGUCAUAAAGCACACUGGGCUUUACUCACAGGUUUUGGUUUAGUCCUUGAUAGCAGUGUAAGUGAUCAGAAAGGUUUAACAGUGGAUGAUAGCUGUGUGGUUAAUGUUGCAUCAGAUACUAUUCUAUCUAAUACUCUUCUGGAUGAUGCUGAGGACAUUUUGGUAUAUGGAUUACAAGGGAAAAGUCAAUACCCAGGAGUUUGGUCUCUAUCUAGUAUUAUAGCCAGUAAUAGGAACCUUGUAGAAGUAGGUCCAAAUAAACAGGAUGAUGAUAUAGGAUACAUUCUGCCUGAAGAGGGUAUAGAGAAGGCAUUAUGUAGCAAAGCUCUUGUUCUAUCCAGGGGGAAUUUGAACCAACAAUAAUAAACAUGUGGUUUAAAUAUACAUUAGAAGUAUCUACAUAGUUUAGGAGUUUGGUGCUGUCAGAUGCAGAAGAAAGUGUUCAGUAUUUUAUUAUUUUUCUUGAAUUAUGGAGAUGUUGCAAUCAAUUUAAAACUCUAUUUAAUGUUUUAUAACCAAAUUGUUUUAGGAAUUUUGCCUGCCAUUUAUAGCAAGUGUUUUAACAUAUAUUUAUUUUGUA